CGCACGGUGCUCGGGACAGAAUGAUGCGGCACGCGCUCUUCACAACCUUGCUCGCACUUCUCGGUGCAUUCGCUGUCAACACAAGUUAUGCUCAAGGCGGAAUCUACGGCGGCGGUUCAUUCAAGACCGGAAUCAAGGGCGGAGGAUACUACCCGAUAUAUCCUUAUUCUUACUCUAUGCCAUUCUACGCAAAGGGAUACCUAACUGUCACGCGCUAUCCCCGCUACUAUGGAGGCUCGAGCAUCUACUGGCAGCAGCAACAGCAGAUCCCGCUUCCGCCCUUUUACGGUGGCAGCAGCGACGGCCUCAGCGGAGGCAUGGGCGGAGGCUUAGGUGGAGGCCUCGGCGGAGGCCUCGGUGGCAGCGCGGGCGGAGGCAGCUACGGAGGCAGCAUAAGUGGUUAAUAAAGGCGAAGGUUUGAAGCAACGUUUAUAGGAAAAUUCCACAGGGUCUGCAUUUCGAAGUCACAUUGCGAUACCUCCUGUGUUUUGCCUUUUACUUCCGCGUGGCGAUGCAGAAUAUAUUUUCAGUAACUUCGACAGGUAACAACUGUAUCCCGGUGACAAAAUUUUCAGAAUAGUUCUGCUUUCUUCUCGCGAUUCCACUGUCCCCCUUUUGAAACGUAAUAAAUUCAUUUCCUAAAACCCCGAGAGCACGGUAGUCA